UUGUCUCUGCAUCCGAAGAAGCUAUUCAACAGUAUCAUUUCCAUGGCUCCACCACCACCAAAACCCCUUCUUAGCAUUCUAAUUUUGUUCGUCCUCCCACUCUUGUCCACCUCCAUUGAAACCACUUCCCCUCCUUCUCCCGCGAAUAAUACUACCAACCUCUCUUCACUCUGCAGCAGGACGCCAUACCCAGAAACAUGCCUCCACUCGCUCAAGCUAUCCAUUUCCAUAAACAUCAACCCCAACAACAUCAUCGCCAUCCUCCUCCGCACCCUCGAUUCCGCCAUCUCCGACGCCCAGAGGCUCACCCCUCUCCUCCUCCGAACAGCCCCCGACAUCCUCGAGAAACAGAGAGGAACGAUGCAGGACUGCAGAGACCUCCACCAGAUCACCAUCUCCGCCCUCCACAGAUCAGCUUCCAAGCUUCGCGCCAACAGCGACUACAGGAAGCUCGCCGACGCCAGAGCUUACAUCAGCGCGGCCCUCACCAACAAGAACACGUGCCUCGAAGGCCUGGACUCUGCCUCCGGACCCUCCAUGACCGCGCUGACCGAUUCCAUCGAGUCCGCUUACCGCCACGUCAGCAACUCCCUAUCCUUGCUCCCCCGCAAGCCUCCUCCUCCUCGUAAGACGACGGUGCGGGGGCGGGGGCUGUUGGAGUGGUUGCCGCCGCGGUGGAUGUCGAGGAGUGCUCGCCGGGUUCUGCUGCAGAGCGAUGACGACGGCGGCGAGGAGGGCGGCGACGGAAUGAUUUUGACGGUGGCGGUGGACGGGAGCGGGAAUUUCACGAGCAUAAGGGAGGCCAUCGAGUUUUCUCCCGACAACAGCGAGUACAGGACGAUUGUGGUGGUGAGGGCAGGGGUUUACGCGGAGAAUGUGGAGAUCCCGCGCAACAAGCCCAACAUCGUCCUCAUUGGCGACGGCGCUGACGUCACUAUCAUCACCGGCAACAGGAGCGUCGGGGAUGGUUGGACUACUUUCAGAUCUGCCACUCUCGCGGUGUCGGGCGACGGAUUUCUGGCACGGGACAUAACCAUCCAGAACACGGCGGGUCCGGAGAAGCACCAAGCGGUGGCCCUCCGCAUGAACGCCGACCUCGUCGCCAUGUACCGGUGCGCCAUCAGCGGCUACCAAGACACCCUCUACGCCCACAGCUUCCGCCAGUUCUACCGUGAGUGCGACAUCUCCGGCACCGUCGACUUCAUCUUUGGCAACGCCGCCGCCGUCUUCCAAGCCUGCGACAUCAUCACCCGCCGCCCACUCCCUGGCCAGUUCACCGUCGUCACCGCCCAAUCCCGCGACUCCCCCGACCAAGACACCGGGAUUUCCAUACACAACUGCUCAAUCAUACCUGCGGACGACAUGAUUGUUGAUUUCCAUCACAAUUCCUCCGAUACAGGUAAGGCCGUCAGAAGCUAUUUGGGGCGGCCGUGGAGGGCAUACUCGAGGACCGUAGUGAUGGAAUCCUGGAUAGAUGGUUUUGUGGAUCCAGCGGGCUGGACUCAGUGGUCGGCUGCGGAAGACGAUCGGAAGGCAUCGGAGACGUUGUACUACGCAGAAUUCGACAACUACGGGCCCGGGUCCGGUACGGAUAGCCGAGUUGCGUGGCCCGGUUUCCACGUCAUGGAUUAUGACGAGGCCUACAAUUUCACUGUUUCUUAUUUUAUUACUGGAGAUGAGUGGUUGGGCUCUACUUCCUUCCCCUAUGAAGACGGGAUUUGAAAUGGACGGAAAACCUAACUACCUACUCGAUUGCCCUUCCUUUUAGUUUUUACAGCGCCAAAGUGUAAUCAAGGUUUUUUAGAUAUUCAAC